GCUUCGUGAUUCACUGACACCCAAUAUUUUAAAAUAUGAAAAACUAAAAUAAAGAAAAAAUAAAAGUCUCUUCUCCCCCCUUGUUUCAAAAUUUGAAAAAUCCCCCCUUCGGCAUCUGCUUCCAUAUACCCGCGCCUUGCAAUUCUUUUUCACGCAUGUUUAUAUAGAGAUGUAUGUACACAUACACACACACAAGUGUGUGUAUUUUCUCAAGGAAAUAUACUAACAGACUGCGCGAUAGGUUUCUAAAAUUGAAGCUUGAAUAAAUCCAAGCAUUCUUUCUGGACUCAGCCCAUUCAAGAAUUUUAGCAAUGGAGUCACUCCCUGAUGCCAUAGUCCAGUCAAUUUUGUCCCUAAUGAGUAAUCCCAAGGAUGUGGCGUCGUGCAAUUGCGUUUCCAAGAGAUGGAAAGAUUCGACGCCAUAUCUGAGGAGCCUAUUCUUUUCUCGAAAUCUUUUUGACAACCUAACCAAUGGAGAUACUCCUGAUGAUGUUAUCUUGCGGCUGGUGUCUUCAGUUAUUAAACUUGAGGAGCUUGUGGUUUACUGCCCAUUUUCAGGCUCCGGCCUCGCCUCCUGGCUAUCCAUGGCAGGAUCUUCAUUGAGGAAUCUUGAGCUAAGGUUGGAUAACAUAACUGAGUACGACACCUACACUGAGAUACCCUCCAAGUUGGAUUGCAUUAGGGCUGCGUGGAAUGUGGAGUCGCUUAAGCUUUGGGGAGUGCUGAUGGUUUAUUCGCCCAAAUGGGAUGUUUUCCAUCGGCUCAAAAAUCUUGAAAUAGUAGGUGCUAGGUUGGAGGAGGAUGCACUUUAUUACGCUCUUCGUGCUUGUCCGAAUCUGACCCACCUUUUACUUCUUGGGUGUGAAGGGUUGAGGUCUAUCUCGAUACAAAAUCCUUAUCUCGAGCAGUGCAAGCUGGACUUCUUUGGGGUCGGCAACUGCUCACUUACUGUCAAUUCAUCAAAGCUCGAAUCACUCGAAGUGCAAGGUUGUAGUUUGAUUAGGGUUUGUGAAACUCAAUGCUUGAGAAAUCUUUCCAUCUCCAACAAUGCAGGGAGAGUUUAUAUGGUCGAUUUUGGCAAACUCGUGGCGUUGGAAUCAUUGUCUAUCCGAGGAGUGCAAUGGUGCUGGGAUGCUUUAAGCAAAUUGCUUCAGAUGGCCAGUGAAGUCAAGCAUCUCUACAUGAAGGUGGAAUUCACUGGGGAUUCCGACACCCUUUUACCCUUUCCGGAGAUUGACUUUGUUGACUUCUUCAACAGCCACCCGAAGCUGCAAACCUUUGACAUUCACGGUGCCAUGUUUGCUGCUUUGAGUCAAAAGAACAGCCUGAGAAAUGUGGACUUGAGAUUUCAGAUUCCCUGCCUCGAGAAGGUUGUUGUGACAGUAAGAUCUCCGUUGAGUGCUGAGCAGAAGAUGAGUACCUUGGAUUCGUUGAUAAAAUACGCGAAGAAUUUGAGGAAGAUGACAAUAAAGAUUCUUCAGAUGAAGAGCAGCCACAUCAGUGCUGAUGAUUUCUUUGAAGACAUUUGCAGGUUUAGCUACAUGCAUCGCAAGAUUGUCUCAAUAGAAUAAACCAUUUUGUAUUCGUCUCAUUCCCUUUGUUUUCCCUUACUCAUUGGAAUAAUUUUGUUGACUAUGGUUUCUUGACAUUCUCAAAUCAUUUUU